GUGUCGCUGUGAGCGUCUAGGUCGCGUUCCGCCACACAUUCACAGAAAUAGAAGAAGACGUGCGGCAGUUUUGCUGAUUGAUGAUCUGAGCUCUCCGACUCUACUAAGCAUCUUUACAUUCAAAUAUUUCUGACAGGGUUUUACCUCCACAGUUCCAUCUGAUCCGUUGUGGGUGUAUUUGAGGAGGUUAACUGCGUUCUGCUGUAAAGAUCAAGGCAUGACUGCUGUCCUGUUGCAGGUGUUCUCCUGCUGUGUUGCAUAUGCAGUGUAAGUUUACCUCCACAAGAAUAUCAAGAGAUCCAACUGGGAUGAAAUCAGAUGAAAUUAAAUGUGAGGAUGUCGAACCCUCAGAGAGCUCCAAUCAUCGCCAAAUCUCAUCUGAUAUUUCCCACAUGAACACCUCUCCCAAACCAAUUAAACAAGAAAUUCACCACUGCUCAUUGUGUGGGAAGAGUUUCAGUAAAAAGGAUUAUCUCCAUAACCAUCAGCGCAUUCACACAGGAGAUAAACCAUAUCACUGCUCACAGUGUGGGAAAAGUUUCUAUAGAAAGGCUUCUCUCCAUAACCAUCUGCGCAUUCACACCGGAGAGAAACCGUAUCACUGCUUAGUGUGUGGAAAGAGUUUUAAUCGAGCGGACACACUCCAACGACACCAGCGCAUUCACACAGGAGCGAAACCGUAUUACUGUUCACAAUGUGGGAAGAGUUUUAACACCCACGGUCAGCUCCAACAACACCUGCGCAUUCACACGGGAGCGAAACCGUAUCAAUGCUCACAGUGUGGGAAGAGUUUUAUACAGAUGAGUAUUCUCAAACGACACCAGCGCAUUCACACAGGAGAGAAACCGUAUCAAUGCUCACAGUGUGGGAAGAGUUUUGUACAAUUGAUUAAUCUCCAACGACACCAGCGCAUCCACACAGGAAAUAAACCGUAUCACUGUUCAGAAUGUGGGAAGAGUUUUACACAGAUGAGUAUUCUCCAACGACACCAGCUCAUUCACACAGGAAAUAAACCGUAUCACUGUUCAGAGUGUGGGAAGAGUUUUAAUCGAGAGGACAGUCUCCAUAAACAUCAGCGCAUUCACACAGGAGAGAAACCGCAUCACUGCUAACAAUGUGGGAGGAGUUUUAGGACAAACAGAAAUCUUCUGCGACACAAGCACAUUGACACACUGAGAAUGAGGACAUGAUGCGAUAAACACUUUCUCAAAAGAACUGCAGCAUCAUUAGAUAUAAAGUUAUCAUAAAGAUGUUAUCUGUUCUUAAAUUUUGGACAACCAUGAACUAAAAUAAAUGUUGUUAAGUGGUACCACACUCAGUAAUCUCAAUGAUCUUCAGGCGGUCCAUACGGGACCAUCCUCAGCAGCAGUGAGUGAUUUCCAAAUGAUGAGAUUAAAUCCUUUGAUCUGCUGCUGCAAGAAAUAAAUGACAAAAUGCUUACCUUUCA